GGUUACAUCUUAGAAGUCUUCUAGGUACGAGUCUCCACUCGAGACUUCCAAAUAUUCAUAAUUCAUCAAGGUUAACUCAACCAUCGUUUUGCUUACUCUGUAUAAAAAAGAAAUCAUUUGUUUUUAAGAAUUGCUCUGUCGAGGUUAUCUGGCUUUGACCUUCCAUCAGUCUUUUCUCCCUCUGCCUUUUCUUUGCCUACCAAGUGCCUUGAAUUACUCUCUCUCUGUACAAUUACACAGAACACAUUCAAUUCCUAGCCCAGCCUAACUCGGAAAUGAAGAGAUCUAAUGCGACGCCGGCUGGUAUAUAUCACAAAACUACCUUGGAUGCAACAAGACUGGCUUCCUCAACUGUCUCCCGCGCUGCUGUGAAGAGAACUUUCGACGAGUUGAAUGAUUCCCCAUCAUCCCCUAAUCACACCCAUCGCCGAACUAAACUUUCCAAGCAAACAGACUUUCUCCGCCCAACUCUCAAGAAUGAUAGUCCAGUGACUUUAAAGGCAAGUGAAAUUGAUAAUAUCACGGUUCCAAAUUAUUCCGAGUAUUCACAGAGAAGGCAUCUUGCUUUGACGCCAACCCCGACAAUAAACCCCUUGCUUGAUUUAGCACAUCCUGCAUAUCAACUACCGCAUCAAUUAAUCGACAACUUUGCUGCCUUGGGAAUUAAAUCCAUAUACCCAUGGCAAUCAGAAUGUCUUUUGCGCAGUGGUGCUCUUGCUGGAGAACGUAAUCUUGUCUACACUGCUCCGACAGGGGGUGGGAAGUCACUUGUUGCAGAUGUCCUCAUGCUCAAGAAGAUCAUACAAAACCCGGAGAAGAAAGCUCUGUUAGUAUUGCCGUACGUCGCACUUGUUCAAGAAAAACUCCGGUGGCUGCGAAAGAUUGUCCAGGGAAUCUCUAAAGAGACAUCUUCUCGGGACUCAAAGUGGCCAUCAAUGUGGCGAAGUCGAGGCAAUGAAAACACCAUUAGAGUGACUGGAUUUUAUGGUGGCAGCAAAUCAAACUCAACGUGGUCUGACAUGGAUAUUGCAGUAUGCACUAUAGAAAAGGUGCGUCAGCAUAUAUACAUCACGGGUUUGCAUUCAUUGACUAAGAAUGAUAGGCUAACUCGAUUGUCAAUGCGGCAAUUGAUGAUUGCUCCAUAGGCAAUCUUGGUGUCGUGGUCAUGGAUGAGAUUCAUUUCAUAAACGAUGAAAGCCGCGGAUAUAUACUGGAACUAAUGGCUACAAAGCUCCUUAGCUUGGAACAAGGUGUGCAGAUAGUUGGUAUGAGCGCAACACUCGAUGUAAGUCUAGCCUUUCUUUGGUGAAUGUCUCAUGGGGAUGUCUAUCUGACAAAGGAAAGAAUGCAGACUUGCUGGCUAAAUGGCUCAAUAAUGCGAAAUUCUAUAUUUCCAAUUACAGACCUGUUCCAGUAGAAGAACACCUUGUCUUUGAAAAUGCUGUAUAUCCGGCCUCAAGUGCGAACAGGUUCUACGAGACAGCCUCACAACUAAAUUCGCAGGUCGGAGGCAAUUCCACGAAACCACUUCCGGAGCCUCAUAGGCGAAUACACAUUUCCCAGCAUAGAGAGCUGAACAAUCCAUUACUAAACGCCGUCGUUGCUUUAGCCAAUGAAACUGCCAGAAGUGGCUAUGGUGUGCUAGUGUUUUGCAGUAGUAAGUAGUCCCUAGGUUCGUUGUUUUUGCCUAGAUAAUCCACUUGAGUAUAGGUGCCAUGUUUCACCCCGCCCCUCCGAUUGAACAUGCAGACUCAGGUCUUUUAUUUUAGUCCUUUGUUGUAGGCUGUAAAACAGCAAUACUAAGUUCGUUUAAUGGUAGGUCGGCUGGGUUGUGAAAGAGAUGCACUUCUAAUAAGCCAGGUGCUACCUCCCAUCGAUACUGUUGACCCAAUUAUCAUGAAUAGACGACACGAUCUUUUGAGUGAUCUACGAAAUACGAGUAGUGGUCUAGACGAAGUGCUGGAGGGAACAGUUCUCAUGGGCGUAGCGUUCCAUCGUAUGUGCCUUUUUUUCUCUCUGAGUGCUAGGUUUUCUGACGCCCGUAGAUGCUGGUCUCACUACGGAAGAGCGCGACUUGGUUGCAGCUGCCUACGACGAAGGAGUAUUAAAAGUAAUGGUAGCGACUUGCAGUCUGGCAGCCGGUAUCAAUCUUCCUGCCAGUGGGUCAUCCACUUAUGAAAGCUCCUGUGCCAAAAGGCUCUGACAAUGUCCAAAACACUAAAUGUUAUUGAUCUAUACGAGAGCAGAGGCUGACGAUCCAUUAGGACGGGUAAUAUUACAUGGUGCUAGGAUGGGAUCUGAUUUGGUUGGUCCUUCAAUGCUGUAAUUAUCUUACCCCGGCACAAGUAACUGCAAAUGCUGAUUAUUGCAGCCGUCAGAUGAGAGGUAGAGCUGGGCGCAAAGGAAAAGAUGAAAUUGGCGAAACAUAUCUUUGUUGCCAAAAAUCCGACCUCGAAUCCGUUACCGAGCUCAUGGAAGCCGAGAUCCCGUCAGUAGAAAGUUGUUUAGUGCCAGGAAAGCGCGGUAUGAAAAGGUAUAACAGUCCAAAUAGACACUAUUAAUCAGCUGGUCCUGAUACGUGCGAAGGGCAUUACUCGAAGUGAUAGCUACGAAACUAGCAAUAAGCAGUGAUUCAAUCGACGAUUACGUCAAGAAAACCCUCCUCUAUCAAACGAUUGAUCAGGAAGGGCUAGGAUCGAUGGUUGAAAUGACUAUGAAAGAUCUGCUGGAAAAUAAACUAAUCGAACAGAGGCAAUCAUUUUCAUACGAAGCUACACGUCUCGGACAGGCUGUUGUGGCUUCUUCUCUUGCCCCCGAAGAUGGCUUAUUCGUUUACAAAGAAUUACAGAAAUCUCUCGAGGCAUUUGUACUAGACGGCGAAAUGCAUGCGCUUUACACUUUCACGCCUGUUCAAGUGAUGCAGGGCAACAUUAAUUGGCAAAUAUUCCGUAAGGAAGUUGAUAUGCUUGAUGAAAGCAACUUGAGAGUUCUUGGUUUCGUUGGUCUCAAGCCAUUAUUGAUCAACAAAAUGUAAGUUUAUUUGUUACUCCCACAUCGAGUCAUUAGUUGACGCUUGACUCCCUCCUAGGGCACAUGGAGGGUCGAUGAAAGAGUCAACGCCUGAAGAAAUCCAAAUCGCUCGGGUGUACAAGAGGUUCUACACAGCUUUGCAGCUUCGAGACCUGUGCAACGAGAUGCCGGUUCAUGUAGUUGCUCGUAAAUAUGACUUACCACGAGGAACCAUACAAAACCUAGCCCAAACAUGCCAUGGCUUUGCUGCAGGAAUGAUUAAGUUCUGUGAGAAAAUGGAUUGGGGAGCACUAGCUGCGGUGCUUGAUCACUUCUCUGACCGACUCAAAGCUGGUAUGUCCUCCAGCUCAUUACUAAAACAAAGGGGUUUUAUGGAUUCAUAUUUCCUGGUUGGUGGAUAUCGGCAACUACAUCUAACAAUUCAUAGGGGCCAAAUCUGAUUUGCUCGCCUUAGCGGAAAUAACAUUCAUCAAAAGUCGAACAGCAAGAAUCUUCUGGGACAAUAGUUAUAAAACAGUUGGUGCGAUCGCGGGAGCAGACUCAAAGGAAUUAAUACCCAUACUACUCCUUGCGCAACCCAGGAAGUUACGCCUAGCAUCUGAUGACGAGGAAAAGUACCACGCUAAGCUUCAUGCAAAAGCCGCAAAAAUCGUCGAGUCGGCAAACCGCAUAUGGGAACGACAGAUGCAGCAGGAUAUUUGGGAAGAAGAAUAAGCGGUCGAACUAUGAAUGUUUGUCAAUUGCAACAUGAAGCUUGUCAUACGGCUCGAGGAUACUCAGACUACACAUAGGUGAGUACAUAGAUUCGUAGAUACAUCCAUGAAUUGAAAAUACCAAAAUUGCCUCAAGACCACCCGGGUCCUGGUCCCGCUAGGGGUGACAAUAGUUCCGACU